AUGUCGGACUUCGACAACAAUCCUUUUGCAGACCCGGACCUCAAUAAUCCUUUCAAGGAUCCUUCUGUUACACAAGUGACAAGAAAUGUUCCACCAGGACUAGAUGAGUACAAUCCUUUCUCUGAUUCAAGUACACCUCCUCCAGGAAAUGUGAGAAUGACUCAUGUACCCAGUACCCAGCCAGCAAUAAUGAAGCCAACAGAAGAAUCACCUGCUUACACACAAAUUUCAAAGGAGCAUGCCUUGGCCCAGGCAGAACUGCUAAAGCGUCAAGAAGAAGUGGAAAGAAAAGCAGCUGAAUUAGAUUGCAAAGACAGGGAAAUGCAGAGUGUAAAUCAGCAGGGGGGUAGAAAAAAUAACUGGCCACCUCUUCCUGAUAAUUUUCCAGUAGGUCCGUGUUUCUACCAGGACUUUUCUGUAGACAUUCCCGUAGAAUUCCAGAAGACAGUAAAGGUUAUGUACUAUUUGUGGAUGUUCCAUACAGUGACACUGUUUCUUAAUAUCUUUGGAUGUUUGGCCUGGUUUUACAUUGAUGCUACACGAGGGGUUGAUUUUGUAUUGAGCAUCCUCUGGUUCUUGCUUUUUACCCCUUGUUCUUUUGUCUGCUGGUACAGACCACUUUAUGGAGCUUUCAGGAGUGACAGUUCAUUCAGGUUCUUUGUGUUCUUCUUUGUAUAUAUCUGUCAGUUUGCUGUACAUGUACUUCAAGCUGCAGGAUUUCAAAGAUGGGGAAACUGUGGGUGGAUUUCAUCUCUUACUAGCCUUAAUAAAAGUAUCCCUGUUGGCAUUAUGAUGACAAUCAUAGCUGCACUUUUCACAGCAUCUGCUGUUAUUUCAUUAAUUAUGUUUAAAAAGGUGCAUGGUCUCUACCACAUUACUGGCGCUAGUUUUGAGAAAGCGCAGCAGGAGUUUGCAACAGGAGUGAUGUCCAACAAAACUGUACAAACUGCUGCAGCCAACGCUGCAUCAACAGCAGCAACCAGUGCAGCUCAGAAUGUGUUCAAGGGUAACUGA